AUUUACAUUAUUGUUGAAGUACCGAAGCGAGUUUCGAAAAGAGAUCGAGAUCAGCUAGAGAAUGGCGAGGAUGAUAGGAGCUCCUCCAAAAAGACCAAGCUAGACGAGGGCAACCAAAUGAAGGCAAUUAGUGCAGCAGGACUUGCCCAAAAGGCUAUAAUAAACGGUGAUCCUGAUCUCUCCGUCCUUUCGAGUAAAGAACUGGUUUCAGUACUUGCUAAUAAUGGCGCCAGGGUGGGUAGGACUGACCUGUACUAUUCAAUAUCCCAAACGGCCACUUCCCUCCAAAACGCAUCAUUUCAAGAAAUCGACGUGAUAUCCAGCCCUUGGGGGACAAAAUUUUCUGUGCUCAAGGUCCGAGAUCUGUACGUAGGAUCAGCUUUCAAAGAACUCUACGAUAAGAUCAUCAAUAAGUUUGGUAUAGACAGAGAUAUAAAGCCUGAAGCCCUCCAAAUGGUCCUCACAGGGACAGCCGAUAUAGGACAAUAAUCUUUUCUUGUAUACUUUGCUACCCGGCUGCUUGCCACUAGCAAUGAGGAAGACCC